GAGCUAAACGUUUGUUUCGUAUUCGCUCAAAGUAAAUGAUUUACCUCAUAUUUUUGUUUUUAAUACAUUGAAUAGAAAUUAUAAACUAUUUUAUUUGAUUUCUUCAUUAUUUUGAAUUCAAGUAGUUGCUAAAAUAGAUUCUUUGACGUAAGAUUGUGAUACGAAGUGGAGGCGAAUCAGCACUUUCAUACAAAGCUAGGAAAUUUACAUUUACAAAAUGAGAAAAGUUUCAUCUCUGUAUUUUGUUGGUUUACUCCUGAUUUGUGCCCAAUGUGGUCAGUCUAAAGACAAUGAUGUAAAUGAGAAGAACGAAGCAUCAGAAAAAUGGAAGAAAAAGGACAUCCGGGAUUAUAGUGAAGCAGAUUUAGAACGUCUUUAUGACCAGUGGGAGGAAGCAGACGAAGAUGAACUUGAAGAGGAUGAAUUACCAGAGUGGAAGAAACCGAAACCCAAGAUUGAUCUAUCUAAUGUAGAUAUGGGUGACCCUGAGAGCCUGAUGAAAGCUAGCAAGAAGGGACAGACCCUUAUGAUGUUUGUUAGUGUCACUGGAACUCCCACUGAGAGAGAAAGUGAAGAAAUAACCAAACUCUGGCAGUCCAGUCUCUUCAAUGCAAAUUAUGAAAUACAAAGAUACAUGGUUGGAAAUGACCGUGCAAUCUUCAUGGUAAAAGAUGGCUCAAAGGCCUGGGAGAUUAAAGAUUACCUUGUAAAACAAGACAGAUGCAAGGAUGUUACGAUAGAGGGCCAGGUGUUCCCAGGAUUAGCUGCUGGAUCUCAGGAUUCGGGAUCUGCACCAGGGGGAGUUGAUAAUAAACCUAAACCACAGGAUGCAAGAGCCAAGAAAUCUCAGAAAGACUCUAAGGACCAAGAUAAAAACAAAACAAAGAAAAAGUCCAACAGUAAGGAGGCAACUGCCACUCAUGAGAAACUACGCACUAAUGACAGUAAUAAAAAGAAGAGAAAUGAAAUCGAUGAUGAGUUAUGAUGA